GUGCAUUCUCGCUAGCCAGAGUGCUUUGGUAAUGGCGGGCAUGGUAUAGUGGAGUGGGUGACGAUGGGAGAACUAAGUGAUGGUUACAAAGCUGUCUUACCACCGGGCCCAACAUGCUGUCAUGAUGUGUGGUCGUCCAGUAGCGCAAACCACUUACAAGUAGCAGCCAAGUCGCCAUGGCCGACGCCGAGGCAGAGAACAAAGUAAAAAGUGCCAUUGAAGUCUGCGCCACAGCACAAGCGAUGAUUGAUAUUAAUUCCGAGCAUCUCGAAGGUCUUCGAACACGGUGUGAGACCAGCGCAGAAUUAACGCAACAUGAAAUACGAGCUCUCGAAACAAAACUCAUCAAGCUAUUCAGCCGCCAAGUACUGGCAAAACGGAAGUGCAGUGAAUGUGAAAAUGCUUCGGAACUCAAGAACUACCCGAAACUGGUUCUGUGGCUCAAGGUUGUUGGUCUUACGCCCAACUCUAUUCAGGGGCUGUCCAACAAGUUCACAACAUUCGAUGACAUGCUUGAGAAGCCUGAGCAAGAGAUCAAAGGCUACCUCAAUGAUGUCAGUGCUCGGGAAGAAGAGAAGCGGCGAUUCCUCAUUGCCAUGCGCAACCUCAAGACCUACACUGAACGGCAACUUCAGGGCGUGACACCAAGUGCUGACACCGACCUGCACUGGGACUCGUGGGAUCGGGCCGGUGUGUCUCAGCUGCCCCGACGCAUACACACAUCAGUGCCCUCUGAGGAACUAUGCUCCUCUUUUGGUGGCACGCACUUGGCCCCUUAUGGAGGUGCCCUACGGCCUCCAACAACGCCCCCUGCGUCUCGGAGGAGAGCAGGUGCUGGCGGCAGCCCCAGUGGGAGCCUUGCAGCCCUGCCCGAUGCCCUGCCGCCCCUGACCAAGAGCCGUUCUCAUGAGGCGCACCUCGAGAACAGACUCGACCUGGGAUCAGACAACAACAAUGUAGCGUUGCGGCAACCCCCCACACUGCCGAACGAUGGUGGCUUGCGGAGACGCCUUGCCACAGAGCCUGGGCUGGAAUUGGCCAACUGCUCACCACUUUCGCCAAGUCGGUCGCCGCCAUUUGUAUCCCCUGACCAGCAGGGAGAUUCGUGCUUUGUGGAUGAGCCUGCCACUCAACCUGUCGUUCCCAGGUCUCCACGAAUGCAUGGAAUGGCCCAUGCUAUUCACCACAGGUUCACAUCUAGCGUCAAAGUCACCACCUGCCAGCAGUGUGACAAGGCCAUGUUCUUUGGUUACAAGUGCAAGGAAUGCAAGUUCCGAUGCCAUCGUGACUGUAUGGAGAAAGUGCCUCCCUCGUGCGGAUUGCCAAACGAACUGGUGGAUGUCUUUGCAGAGCACAUUCAGAAAGGAGGCAUGCAGUCCCCAAACCAUGCUGCGGCACAUCUGAGCAGCAGUCCCCUGCAUGGAGGCAGCAGUUUGCGCUCCGACGGGAGCCGUGGGAGGCCUGCCAUCUGCCUACCCCCGUUUCAUGGUGCUGGGGGCCCCGACUCGUCUUCCUCGUCGUGCAACUCGUCGACGCCCUCGUCGCCGGCCUUCCUCAUGGCGGCCUCGCGGCAGAACACGCCUUCCUCGGCUACACGCCCGCAGCAGUUCCAUUUUCCCGAGAUCUUGUCUUCUGAAAAGGAAUUAUCAGCUCCAGUAUCAUCGCUUGCCCAGUCUGACGUGGUGGAAACGAUCAAGUCCACAGACAGUGACAGGACAGUGUCUGGUACAUCAGGAUCUGGAAGCAUAAGCACGGAUUCUGAGAAGACACUGGCCUCAACAAGAGUGGACUCGCAGGACAGUCAAGUCUCGGAUUUGGAUCCGACUGACAGGCUCUGGCCGCGGCAGAAUAGUCUUUCUUUGCGGGAGUGGGACAUUCCUUUUGACGACGUCCAAAUCAAGGAAAAGAUUGGUGAAGGCCGCUUCGGGAGUGUCUACAAGGGAAGUUGGCAUGGAAGUGUUGCUGUGAAAAUGCUCAACAUGGAUCACAUAGAUGACAGGAAAACCCUGGAAACAUUUAAGCAAGAGGUCGCAACCUUCCGCAAGACGAGGCACGAAAACUUGGUCCUCUUUAUGGGUGCCUGCAUGAAGCCACCAAAGCUUGCUAUCAUCACGAGUUUAUGUAAAGGCAUGACAUUGUACAGACAUAUUCAUCUGCGAAAGGAUAAGUUCAACCUCAACAGGAUUAGUGGCAUAGCCCUGCAAAUUUGCCAGGGGAUGGGCUACUUGCAUGCCCGGGGCAUAGUUCACAAAGACCUCAAGACGAAAAACAUCUUCUAUGAAAAUGGGAAAGUGGUAAUCACCGACUUUGGCCUCUUCUCAGUCACCAAGCUCUGCCAAGGAAACCGGAAGGGAGACUGGUUGACGAUUCCCCAGGGUUGGCUCUGCUACCUGGCCCCCGAAGUCGUGCGUUGUCUCCGGGCGGGCAACCAGCACGACGCUGAUGACCUCCCUUUUGCCACCGCCUCCGACAUCUAUGCCUUUGGGACGGUGUGGUACGAACUGUUGUGUGGGGAAUGGCCCUUCCGAGGUCAACCUUCCGAGUCCAUCAUCUGGCAGGUGGCCAAGGGCAUAAAGCAGUCACUGGCCAAUAUCCAAGCCUCACAGGACAUCAAGGACUUUCUGAUGGUGUGCUGGUCAUACAAGCCCCAGGAUCGGCCAGCAUUUGCCAAGCUGCAGGUGCAGCUGCAGAGGCUGCCCAAGAAACGCCUCGCCCGGAGCCCGUCACACCCGACUCACUUGUCCCGCUCGGCCGAGUCGGCAUUUUAGGUGCCGGCUGUGACCGGCCCUUCCUCGUUCCUCGUUCCAGCUACUGUGCUCUACCUUCAUGACCUCCUUAUCAUUUGAUGCCCUUUCAAAAGCAGUCAAAUUUGACUCGUGUAGCUAAGCUGCCCAGACACGACGAUGAUGCUCAUUAUUAAUAAGAAGGAAGCUCUACUUGAAGAGCUCCUAUCUAAGUCCGUGGGGAGUGAGAAAUAGUUUUUCUUGGCAUUUGCUUCACCAGUUUUAGUGAGGUUUGCUGCAUUUAAAAUUAAAAGUUGGGGGGGUUGAGUCAUUUUAGGAAAACAGGACGCUAGCUGAUUUGUCAACUUGUAAUCACUACUGUGAACAGUACUGUGAUGCAGUUGAACGUCAAUAAAACAAGCAUAGAUACAUUCAGACCAUGUUAUAAUUAAAGUCACAUCUGAUAUAAAAAUAUAUUCAUGAUAUCUGAUAUUCAUUAUGAGCAUGUAAAGGGAACCCCUUUGAUACAUUCCUCGCUGCUACGUCGCGUUUUUGCGGUCUGACCUAAGUCCCAUUGACUUCCAUGUAUUAUGUUCCCCUUGAUACGUUUGCCAAUCUGUAAUGUUCCUGCAUCUUACGUUGCGUUUGAACGUAGCAGUAAUGUAAAUUUAGCAGUGCAGCUAGCUUGUAUGCUGCAACAAGCUACCGGCACGUUGCAGUAAGUGACAACAAGCUCGGCACUGCACAUGUGCACAGAGCAGUUGGCGAAGCACCCGAAGUGAAGUGUGCAUCAGUUAAAGCCUACUGGGAACCACACACACUGGGCCAGAUCCAUCGAGUGCAGCGUUACAUAUAUUUUGGAGCCUGCAAGGGUCUUAUAUGCGUAGCAUAAUCGCUGGUUCUCUUAAGUCAGCUUCGUCGCAAUGGAGCCGUGUUAUGCAGUGAAGUGUAAGCAAAAUAUUGCGGUCAAGAGAGUUGAAAGGGGCCACUGUUGUGACACAUUGUACAUGUCGCUUAAUUAUACACGUGCACAAGCACCAUCCUUGGUCACAGUACAAGCGCUGAGACGUCUAAUAACUGUACUGGCAGCCAUUCAGAGCUGUUUCUGACAUAGCUGUGGUGAUUGGUGGCCUUCCUCAAAGUUACAUUUUCCCGGCUGUCACAUUUUUUUCCACGGUCCCUUGAGAAAUGUAUCAACGGGGUUCUACUGUAUUUGUUACACGCUAAUAUUGAUGAAAAAGAUUUUAUGUUUACCUGGUUAUAUUUUAUAAUUGGUUAUGUCCAUGUUUGUUGUAUCUAGGUUCGACUUAUAACGAAUUAUCAAAUAUAAUGAAGAUAGUCCAAAGCAUAUCAGCAUGUAGUGAAUAUCAGGUUUAGUGAAGGUAUUUUAUAUUUCGGAUGUGACUUCAUUAUGAAAAGGUUCGACUGUACAAGAUCAACAGGACUCGGCAACUCAGCAGUCUUGUCAGUUUUUCUUUGUGUCGAGGGAAAGCCACCGUACUGUUUUUUUUUAAAGGAAUCUUAGUGUUUGUCACAUUCCGUGUUGCACGCUGUGGCAAGCUUGGGGCCCCCUGUGUUUCUAGUAGACUUGCUUUUGUUUCAUUCUUCAUUCAUUUCAUUCUUUGUGGUGUUUGGUAAGCCUGGAACUCACGAGCUCGUUGUUCCCUGUUCCUUUCCUUUUUUCCAUGUUCCGUCAAAAACAGGGAAGGAAUUUCGUUUUAAGGUUUGCUUGUUUAGGUAGGGAGUGCAGAUGCCAGUUGCAACAAACUGAGCACUUCCUGUGAAAUGUGUUGCUAACAAUAUUUCCACUGACAAAUCUAUGUUAUAGGAACCAGAAGCUAAGUAAUUUCUCAAUGCGACGACGGAAUGUUUUUCUUUCUUGUCAAUAUUGUAGUGGUGCUGUAAAGAAAGCCAUGUUAAAAUGCGUGAGGUGGUGGGGGCUUCAGAUCCUUGGGUUUAGAUUCGAAGGGAAAAGCAGAUUUAACUGUAUCCUAUGUUAUAAAGCAUUGGUAGUGGCCCUCCACCAAGACAGUGUGACAUUGGAGACGCAGCCGAGUGUGUGGCCUCUGAUUUGUUUGAUGGAUUGUCCGUGCCCUGGUUCAUGGUAGGUGUGCUUCUUUGUGGCAAUGGCACACUUUACUCUCAUUGUGCUUUUAAGUUCCUCAAUAACAUCUUCAGUUUCAAGCUAUCAUUCACUCACUACUGCUGCUGCUUGCAAAGUGGCGGGUGUUGAUGCACAAGUCAUUAACUGAGGCUGUAGUGUUCAUUAGAAGGAACUGUUUCACACUUCUCAGCCAUUCAUGAUGCCGGACGCGUUCAUAUUGUUGGACGUUUUACCAUUACAGUGUUACUGCAUUUAAGGUUGGCAUCAACCCAGAAGGGCAGGGAUGCGGAAGUUAUGAGGUGUUGUCCGUUUCAUGCGAGCAGCUUUGAGCUCAAGGAAGACGUGGUAUUAAGCCAUGUUUUUUUACUUCAACUUCAAGCCCACUUCCUUAAAAGGUGCAAGUGAAGCUGCUCUCAUUGUGUAAUCAGUUCAGGAAUCUAUGAUUUUUUAUUUUUUUUUUCAGUUAAAUGGGCAGAUACAUGAUUGACAUGAUCCACGUCUGUAGUCUUUUCCGCUAAGUUUCUGUGUUCACACAUCGCUUCAGUUGCCUUUAGCCUAAGUGGAGCCAUGUGUUAUUCUUGAAGCGUGUUGUGUCAGGUUUUGGGAUCAACAAACCUUCAUGUCAAAGUACAUGCCGAGCUUCCCCCGUUCAGAGUUUCUGGAGGCAGUUUUAUCUGAUGCUGGUGUCGCGAAGCUCUCUUUAUUCUUGGAGGUCUGCUUGUCAGUGCAGUUAGUUUGGAAGAGCGCAGAAUUCCCUCGCGUGGUUCAUUAACCUAAACUUGGUGGGGGCAAGAUCUAGUGAGGUGCGGUCUCAUUGGCAUUGCCCGGUUGCAGUUCCUCUCCUACUGUGGUGGCUAUGGGUUUUCGAAGUGCCAACUCCUCCUGUUAGUGGAGAAUGAACUUCAUCGCUUUUGAAUGCAAAAUGCUGCAUUGCUCUAGCUCCAUAAUCGCAAACAGGCCUCGACUCAAAGCUCGACCUCUACUUACUCCGCCUAAUGUUGAGUGGCAAUGUCCCUUGACUAAACUAGACACGGUGCUUUACUUCAGUAAUAGUUCUCCACAGUUCCUGGAAUGAGAAAUUGCUUAGGAUAUGCUUCCCCACUCUAGUGUCAUUCAGUUGACGUUGGCAGGACCUCGUCGAGAGAUUUUAGCACGGAAAUCUAGUAACUGUACAAAAGCGCAGUUGAGGAGGGGCCUCCAGUAACAGUUAUGUGCAAUUCCUGGGACAAGGAGUUGCUUGACAAACGCUUCUUGACUCCCAGUGUCUUUGGGUCUUAAGUUCAGAGGGCCUCACUAUAAGGGUUUUUAGCUAAGGAAUGACUAAGCAACUGUGCUAAAGUGCAGUU